AUGGAAGGCUUUGCGUCAACCGCUACAGCAGGACCUUCAGAGCCCGCGGCGUAUCAGACUGCCACGGACGCCACCAGAGCUUCCUCCCUUCAUCCGAAUGCUCGUGUCGCCGUACUUAGAGGAGCCGCCCUUCUAGGGGAACCCGUGUUCGAUGACCUUGAACCAGAAGCACGACGGCGGCUCGCGACGGCAUCCAGCAAGACGAGCGUCCCUCCAUCACGAGGCGAAACACUUACAGCCACACGGAAGGAUACACAAAGGGCUAGACUGAUCGUCGAUGAAGACCAGCGUUCGAAGAAGGACAAGUCGCAAUUGUGCACUCCGUUGAAUGCUUUCAGGGCUCCAAUCAGAGUCCUAUUGACGGGAACCCCUCGGGAUAGCGCCACAGAAUUACUCAACCUCUUACAGUUCCUCGACGACACGGACAAGGCUGUGGAGCUAGGAAGAAUAGCAUCAGUCAACACAAUUCCAACAUGCACGCAACACACAAGACUUGAAUUUUGUGACACCAUCGCUCUGGAGAAAGACGCCGAGGGCUCGAUGCCAUUCGCAGAGGACGACGAACUGCUGUCCCGUGACUGGCAAAUCUAUCAAGCCACGCCGAGCGAGGCAACCAGCGGAGAGUCGGCGCUCUUCAGCCACAUCGCUCCACAAUUGCCCGUGCACUGUUGCCUGCGCCGGACCUAG